AAGACCUCAGCUUCCUCGACUUAGCUCUGCAAUUGCGAGUUAUCCAGAAGAAAAAUAAUCCACAAAGAAAACUUGAGAAGGAGAGAAGGAGAGAGAGGAAAAGGCUUAGAGAUAUUAAUUUCUUCUCCCAGAAGAAAAAGAAACAGAGAAGGGACGUUGGUGAAUGACGAGUGAGCUACAGUUACCACCAGGGUUCAGAUUUCACCCCACCGACGAGGAGUUGGUAAAUCAUUAUUUGUGUAGGAAAUGCGCGUCGCUGCCUCUUGCUGUUCCUAUUAUUAAGGAGAUUGACCUGUACAAGUUCGAUCCAUGGCAGCUCCCAGACAUGGCUCUGUACGGUGAAAAGGAGUGGUAUUUCUUCUCCCCAAGAGACAGGAAAUAUCCAAACGGUUCCCGGCCCAACCGAGCGGCCGGAACCGGCUACUGGAAGGCUACCGGAGCCGACAAGCCCAUCGGCAAGCCCAAGCCACUGGGAAUCAAGAAAGCACUUGUUUUCUAUGCUGGCAAAGCUCCCAAAGGAGUCAAAACCAAUUGGAUCAUGCACGAAUACCGCCUUGCAAAUGUCGAUAGGUCUGCCGGCAAGAAAAACAACUUGAGGCUUGAUGAUUGGGUCUUAUGUCGACUUUACAACAAGAGAGGUACGGUAGAGAAAAACUACGCCAUGACGGAGCAAAAGAUGGCAAACUCGCCAGAAAUCGAGGAGCAGAAACCAAAAAUUAUGGCGUCCGGACAGUACAACAUAGCACCGUCAUCAAUGAUCACCGGCGACCAAUUACACAUGGAUACUUCAGAGUCGGUUCCAAGGUUGCAUACCGACACGAGCAGCUCAGAGCAAGUGGUGUCGCCCGACGUCACCAGCUGGGAGAAGGAGGUCCAAAGUGAAGCCAAGUGGGAGGAGAUACAGAAUGCAUUCAAUUUGUUCGAUUCUUUUCAGUGUUAUAAUUACAUGGAUGGGUUCGCAGAGGACCCUUUUGCCUCUCAAGUUCAGUACCAAAUGAACCAGAUCUCACCUCUUCAGGACAUGUUCAUGUAACAGCAGAGGCCACUUUGAUCAGAUCAACGGCUCAGAUCAUCUUACAUCGGGACUAAAUAUUAUUUUUAAUUCAUUGUAGGUCAGUAAGGUCAUAUAUAUAUAUAUAUAUAUAUAUAUAGUGGUGAUGAUUUGGAUUUGAAUUAUGAUCGAUAAAAGAUGAAGGUGUAGACGUGUAGGUGAUCCAACGGGACUUGUUAGAUUUUCCUGAUCGUGUUAAUAUGUAGUACUCUGUGGGAAAAUUCUUUGAAAUUGUAGCUGGAUUCUUUCCAUACGUACAAUUAAUGAAAAAAGCUUAUUUUAUAAGUUUAUUUAUUAUA